CUAACACUCGUUCUGUUCUUCUUCACCAUUACAAUAACGACACAUUGAGGACGUCUGUCGACUCUUUAUUAAUCAAUCCCCAAUAACCAGUCGAAAAAAUGUCUACAGAAGGAGAUGUUGUCGUUGAGGUGUCCGCUGACGAGGUUGCUCCCCGCGGCUCCAUGUCCGUUGAGGAGGCCCUCCAGGAGGUCUUGAAGAAGGCCCUCGUCCACGACGGUCUUGCCAGGGGUCUCAGGGAAGCCGCCAAGGCUUUGGACAGGCGUCAAGCCCAGCUUUGCGUCCUCGUCGAGACCUGCACGGAGAAGGAGUACAUCAAGCUUGUUGAGGCCCUCUGCGCUGAGCACGACAUCAAUUUGAUCAAGGUCUCCGACGCCAAGAAGCUCGGAGAGUGGGCUGGUCUCUGCAAGAUUGACCGUGAGGGUAACGCUCGUAAGGUUGUCGGAUGCUCUUGCGUCGUUGUCAAGGACGCCGGAGACGACACUGAGGCCAUGAACGUCCUCCUCGAGUACUUCCGUACCCGUUGAGCUGGCACCUGACCUCGUUGAGCUAACCAUGUCAUAACGGUGUGACCCGGGGUUGCGUGGGAAGCCGUUGAAGCGAACUUGCUUGUAGCAUACACAAUUACAUCUGAUCACCUGAACAUAUCCGUUACAUAUCUUGCAUGUUUUUGGGACCAUGGUCUCUUGCUCAUGUACCUAUCGAUCUCGGCAGCCCAAGGUUGCUGCCUGCCACUUCCAG